AUGCACUCUCCGCCUCCAGUGAACAAAUCGAAUAUCCACACCUUUGAUUGGAACGACGAGCGAGAAGACCGCCCACAAGCUACUCGAGUAGUGUAUCGUGACAUGGACUCUGAUGGUGAACCUGUCCAAACUGGUGCAUCUGGUAAAGCACAAGUCUAUGGAGUUGAUGGAAAUCUUCAAGACGUUGAAGUUACGAUACCAGUAAAUUACUUGAAGUUGUAUGGAUACUCGUGUUGUCCGUGUUUCAUCCCACCACCGUGUUCACCAGCCAAUUCGCAUCGAUACUGUUUAUUCAUAUUCUCUGCGUGCUUCAUACUUUCAUUCAUUCAAUUUGUGAUGCUCAUAGUAGAAAUCUCGUUACAAGGCUUUGAGAAGCCAAGCAUCAAUUGGAUGCUUGGACCGACCUCCGACGCAAUGGACAUCCUCGGCGCAAAAGAUGCGAAGAAAAUGAAGGAGCAAUAUGAACUCUGGAGACUUAUAACUCCAAUCUUUCUCCACGCUGGGAUCAUCCAUUUGGUAUGUAACCUUUCGAUGCAACUCCGCCUUGGAAUGAUAAUAGAAAGACGGAUGAAUACCCUCCGCUUCUUAAUCGUGUACUUUGUCGGCGGGAUAAUCGGCAACUGUUUCUCUGUGAUGAUCUUCCCAACUACACAAGGCGUUGGGGCAUCUGGCGCAUUACUUGCUGUGUUCGGUGGCUUUCUCAUCGACAUCAUUUUGAACAAAAACAAGUUCCCAUCAAGACAAUGGAUCAGCUUAAUAGGACAAUUACUCAUAUCAACGAUCAUCAUCUUUGUAUUAAGUUUUAUGCCAGGUAUCGACUACGCCGCACACAUCUUCGGGUUUAUUGGAGGAGCUGUCGCCGCUUUGGGAUUGUUGUGCCACCAAAAUGAAUGGAUCAAUAAAAGGAUGUGGCUCAAAAUUGUUAUUUGGAUAUCAUGCAUCGGGUUCUGCUUCCUGGUGUUGUUGUUAACAUUACUAUUACUAUACCUUGAUGUACUCCACGUUUAA